UGUCUGUAAGUCUUGCCACUUGCCAGUGCUACCUUCCAUAAUUCUUUGAAAUUUUAAAUUUUAAUACAACAGUUCAACGAUUCCCUUUGAUUUUAAGUUUUCUCCUCUCUGACACCCAUUCCCUCAAAUCUUCAAAUCUUGUCGAAGUUCUGUUUUCUCCUCCGAAGAGCAGACGAUAAGGAACACCGUUGAAGCUUUUGUCCUCAUCGAGAACCUCUGAAUAUCAGCGUUCCAUUGUGUCUCAAACAACUUGUGUUUAUUCUUCACAUCUCAGAAUGAAUACAGACGAUCUACCCUCUGACAGUGAUCAAAGUGAUGUAGACUAUGUUCCAUCUGAUUGUGAAGGAAAACUCUCAGAGGAAGACUCAGAUGAAAACAUCUCUGAUGAGCCACAGUGUCAGGAAGAUGGUGGUCUUGAGGAUCCGGGAAAGAAACGCAAGAAGAAGCAAAAGAAGAGUAGAAAAUCCAGAAAAGUUUCUCAAGAGGAAGAAAAAACUGAAGUCAAUGAAGAGACAACAAGCAAUAAACCAAUUUCAGCAGAAGAAGAAAAAAAGAGAGCUGAUUCCCUAUGGGCUGAUUUCAUGAAAGAUGUUGGCGGAACCCCCAAAAAGUCUGAACCCUCAAUUUCGAGUACGUCCAAUGACCAUCAAAAAGCAUCUGAACAAAAAACUCCAGCUAAAACGAUAUGUGAUGAAAAAAAGGAAGAGAAAAAAGAAGUAGAAAAAGAAAAUUCCAGGACAGUUACUGAAAUUUUUCAAUUUGCCGGUGAAGAAGUCAGGAUUCAAAAAGAAGUUGCCUCUAACUCUACCAUUGCAGAAAAUGCAAGUUGCACUAAACCGCCGGUUCCCAAAACAGCAAGAGGUGCUAAAGGUGGUGGACUAGCUUCAGUUCUUGGUCAAUUAGGAAAGAAGCCAAAACUCAGUGUUCUGGAAAAAUCCAAGCUUGAUUGGACGGAAUUCAAAAAAGAUGAAGGCAUUGAAGAAGAAAUUCAGAUCCAUAACAAAGGAAAAGACGGGUACCUGGAACGGCAAGAUUUUCUGCAAAGAGCAGACCUCAGACAGUUUGAAAUAGAAAAACAGUUAAGAGCAAAUAAAAGGAGCUACUUAUAAUGUCUGACAAGAGCACCUCUUGAUUAAAAGUGAGAAGGGUUUUUCAUGCCCCAUUCUUUCAUGACUCUUCCGAGGAACAAGUUAUUUGAUUAGGGCUUGCACGAAAU